GUCAUGGGUGCUCUUGUGGCUAUCGUGAGUAUCACGCCGCUCUUUCUUGUAGUACUUUUCCCUAUCGGCGGAUUGUAUGCCUUUAUUCAACAGAUUUACCGGAAGACAGGAAGGGAGUUGAAAAGGAUAGAAGCCGUCACAAAGAGCCCCUUGUACCAGCAGUUCUCAGAGACUCUCAAUGGUCUGACUACCAUUCGCGCAUACCAGGCAGAGAACCGAUUCAUAAAGCUAAAUGAUGGUGCGCUGUUUUUGUCCAUUCAUUCACCUUUGUUUUCUUUUCGGUGAUAGUAAUGGGACGCGACUUAGUUUAAAACAUACGUCAAAUUCGUCAAUUACAUUUCGUUGAAAACAUACGUCAAAUUCGUCAAUUACAUUUCGUUAGUUUAGAGUCUUUAGACAGA